GUAGAAUCUGGACUGCGCAUAUGUGCCUCUGCCUCUCUACAUCGUCGUCGUCGCCUCCACCUCUCUACGCGUCGUCAUCUCUGCCUCUCUACGUCGUCACCUCUGCCUCUCUAUGCCAUCGCCUCUGCCUCACCAUCUUUUGCGUCCAACCACAAUCACAAAGUCGCCCACAAUCACCAUCCUCACCAAUCGCGAGGAAGGAGAUGGAGGUAUAUCGCCGUCGGAGAAGCUUUCGGUUUCUUUUUGGAGAGCCAAAUCGACUGGUUCACAUCGAGUCGCGCUUCAUUGAGAUAGUGACCCUUUCAGUUUGUUUUUGGAGAUCCACAUCGACUUACUUCACAUUGAAUCGCGCUUCAUCAAGAGCCAGACGCGAUGAACAAGAAAAGCCUGAAAAACCGGAAAGACCGGUGGGGUUUAUGCCGGUCCAGGCUUUUACCGGUCCCGAAAAUUUUAACGGCGGAGACCAGCCCGUCUGCACACCAGCCGGUCCGAGCUCGAAUUUCAAUAUCUGUGUGCCGGUCUAGGACCGUGCCCGGCCCUAUAUAUACCUCCGCAAUGAGAUGAAUAACAUGUUAGACAAUUCAUUCUCCCAAAUCUUGUUAUAUUUGAGCGUAAGACGACAAUUUUUAACCC